AUGCCGCUACCACCCGACAUCACUACCCGCCACCGAACACCAGCAUUAUCACCACCUGCCGCCGCCACCACCAUCGACAAGCGAACACCAUCGACUUCCGCCGCCAGCCUCCACCACCGAACAUUGGCGUCACCACUGGCCACCGAACACCACCGCCACCACCCACCGUCGUCACCACCUUCCGCCACCGCCGACCACCACCAUCGAACACCAGAGUCGUCACUGCCACCACCUGCCGGCGCCACUGAACACCGACACCACCGCCACCAACCACCGUCGCCACAACCCGUCAUCGUCGCCACCAAAACCGUCAACACCGCCAGCCAUGGCCACCACCACCGACCACCGACCACCUUUGUCGCCACCCACCACCGCCGCCACCAUCCUCCACCGAAUCACCACCAACCACCGGCACUCUCCGACACCGAACACUAUCGUCGUCGCCGCCGCCACCCGCCGCUCCACCCAGCGCCACCACCCACUGCCACCACUGCCGCCACCCACAACCGUCAACAAUCACCGAUUUUAUUUCUUCUUCUUUUCCUGCCUACCAAACAACACAAGUUAAUGAUUCUUUCCAUUCCUACAUGCGAUUACAAUUAUGUGAUUUCUGUACACCCACUCAACCACCCUCCUCCACCAGUGUACACCCACACCACCUUCUCCCCUCCACCACCAUACACCCACCACCGUCUCUGCUCCACCACCGUACACCCACACAACCGUCUCCCCUCCACCACCAUACACUCACAUCAUUGUCUCUCCUCCACCACCAUACACCCACCACCACCGUACACUCACAUCACCGUCUCUCCUCCACCACCACCGAUCUUGCUACGACCACCUCAACACCAUUCAUGA